AUUGUGAACCAGUAGCUAGAAAGACAUUACAUAUUUUAGCUAUCACACAGUCUAGCUAGAACAGUGUGUUCAAGCCGGUACUGUUUAACAUAAUCUCAUCUCUAGCUAGUUCUCUUGUUCUGAAAAUUAUGGCUAGUUUUACUGCUACCUUUUCGUAUCUGAGUGUCGUAUGCGAUGGCCUUGAAUGCAAUGCCGUGAUCCAGGGACGAUAUUUUGCUUGCCUGGACUGCUGCAUUCCCGGCGGACCUAAUAGUUUUGACCUCUGCAUCUCCUGCUAUCUGAACCGAAACUACUCCCACUUCCACACCACUUUCGAGGAAAAGCACGUCUCUUCGUUUCCAGCUGCAAAUUACCGACUAGCAGCGUAUGCGACGGUGCCCCAAUCGGCGACACUGAUUUACAAUAAUGAGGCAGCAAUGAAGGGAGAAGAAGCUGUCAAAAUCAGAACCGGCAUGGCCCAUCUUACAAGUGAUGUUAAUGAUGUCUGCUGCAGCAUUAUGUGAUAGGUAGAUCCAUAUAUACGUACAUGUAACAUGAUAUGUAGUUUCCUGGCAUCCCAUAUAUAAUUCGAACAUGCAUCAGAAUUAUCGGUAUGCAUUUUGGAUCAAUACAUGGCGGCCGUGGUCGAGAGAACUGGGGAUGGCGAUAUGUUUCAUUAGUGUUGCGUCUGUUGAUAUGAUCGAAUCUCUCGAUUUGAUAAUGUUUGCUAGCUAGCUCAAGUAGUUGAACUGUUGUGUAAUUUAUAAGCUAAGGAAGCAUGCAUAUGGUAAAUUUCUAAUGGAACGCAUCUGAAAUGUGAUGAUCC